CUGGAUACUGGUGGUAUGCCAGUCGCAGCAUAGUCCUGGGGUCUGCCCAGUUCUGCCCUGCUGAGUUGGCAAGAGGGUGCGCAUGCUGCCUGGCACAGAUGUCCUGUGGGCUGGUGAGAAUGAAUAGGUGGGCACUGUUACUGCGAGCCCCCUUUCUGAAGCGAUCUGAGAACGUUCUCUAAUCACAUGGCCCCCUUCGAAAGAGUAAUCCAUAUGCAAAGACUACCUGUGAUCCAGCUUCCAGCCCUCUUAGACAUGGAGAGGAAAGUCCCAUCCAGAGAGAGCCCCAGAAGACUCUCUGCCAAGCCAGGCCGAGGCACGGAGAUGAAAAAACUAGCCCGACCACUUGGUGUGGUGGCUGCUGACUCAGACAAGGACUCUGGCUUUUCAGAUGGGAGCUCAGAAUGUCUGAGCUCUGCCGAGCAGAUGGAGUCAGAGGACGCGCUGAGCGCCCUGGGCUGGAGCAGAGAGGACAAGCCGAGGCAGAACGCCAGAGCGGCAAACCACGCCUUCCCCACACUGUCCCCUAUGGUUGUCAUGAAGAACGUGCUGGUCAAGCAGGGCAGCAGCUCAUCCCAGCUCCAGUCCUGGACUGUCCAGCCGUCCUUUGAAGUGAUCUCAGCGCAGCCACAGCUCUUUGUCCUUCAUCCACCUGUGCCAUCUCCUGUCAGCCCAUGCCACACUGGUGAGAAAAAGUCAGAGUCCAGAAACUACUUGCCCAUUCUAAAUUCUUAUACCAAAAUAGCCCCGCACCCAGGCAAAAGGGGCCUCAGCUCCGAAGAAAGAGGAGCAAGUGGGGCACCGAAGAAAAUCUGCGUAGAGAGACUGGGGCCAAGCCUGUCUUCCAGUGAGCCAGCCAAGCCUGGCCGUGUGCUAUCCAGUCCUUCCACUCCAGCCCUACCCAGCUCCAAGCUCACCGAGGACUCGGCUCUGCAAGGAGUGCCCUCCCUUGGGGCCGGCGGAAGCCCACAGACUCUUCAGCCUGUGUCCAGCAGUCAUGUAGCCAAAGCCCCCAGUCUGACCUUUGCUUCGCCCGCCAGUCCUGUAUGUGCGUCAGACAGCACUCUGCAUGGCUUAGAGAGCAGCUCCCCUCUCUCCCCACUGUCAGCCAGUUACAGUUCACCUCUGUGGGCUGCGGAGCACCUCUGCCGCAGCCCAGACAUCUUCCCUGAGCAGAGGCAGAACAAGCAUAGGCGCUUUCAGAAUACCCUAGCCGUCCUCCGGAAGUCUGGUUUGCUGGGAAUCACUCUGAAAGCCAAGGAGUUGAUUCGUCAGAACCAAGCAACUCAGGUGGAACUGGACCAGCUGAAGGAGCAAACCCAGAUGUUUAUAGAGGCCACCAAGAGCAGGGCUCCUCAGGCGUGGGCCAAGUUGCAGGCAUCACUCACAUCUGGGUCCAGUCAUUCAGGCAGUGACCUAGACACAUUGUCUGACCCCCCAGACAUAUAGCACAGAAGCAUUUCCAGUUGUUUGAGUUAACUCCUUUGCGUUCACAACUACACUUGUUCUCCACAGCCUAUUUAAGAGCUUUUCUUUCUAAAGUCACCCACAAAGCCACGUGCCAGUCCCUGGCUGCUGUCUUAAUCUGUGGUCCAUGCACAGGUUAAGUGCGUUAAGUUGGUCUGAGCACCUCCAGCUGGAAGUAUCUGUGAGUCCCUUUUCCUUAGCCUGCAAGCACUUAGCUGGAUCUUGGGACAAAGGAGAGAUGGCUGUGUCUCUUCUAGCUGUUACUUCCCAUCCUCCUCCUCACUGUCCAGGACCAUGGUGCAGUGACAUGGAUGAGUGCACACAGUGACACUUGUCCAACAGCCAAGGAGUAGGUGACCUAAGGAUCCCUUCACUGUCCUCCUUCAAGUGUGUUAGUCAUGGAGAAAAAGAAGAGGAUGUGUUUUCAUUUUACCAGGUGUGGUCUGUUGAGUGAAACCCAGAAUGCUUUGGGCCAGGUGCCUGGGGGCAAGCAUUUACCACAUGAGGCUUUGUUCCUUACACUUGAAAGGUAAGGGAGAAAGGGCAAAGCCAUCUGACUCACACCGAUCACACACCUGAUCUCACUUAUACCAGUAGGCAAAUACUUCAGAUUUUUAAAAUAUAGAAUGGAUUUAAUACUGUC